AUGGUAGAGCCGACCAGCCCAGGCAGCCCCAGCAGCGAAGGAGACGGUCCCAGCGCCACAGGCAACCGGAAUCGUAGUGUGAGCAUGAACAUGCACUCAAAUGCACCACCCAGCAAGAAACAGCGAGCUUCAGACGACGAAUACGAGCAAGCAACGCCUCCUCCAGCCCCUGCACCAGGCUCGACAUCUCCAUACUCAGCCGCAGACACAGUGGACGCAGCUUCAGCAAUAACCGAAGCGCGAGACCAAGUGAGUGACGAGACAGACGCUCCGGACGUCGAAGAGGACCAAGCUGACGACUCCGGUGCUGCUGUGCCUACUACACCUGUGCCGCCAUACGGAGACGAUGGAGAUUCGUCCUCUGACGAAAGUGACGUCAAUGAAGAGGCCUUUAUGAAUUGGCUCGUGGACCAGAAGACCGCUGGAAUGCCUGCCGGACAAAUGCUGGAUGCGCUGGGCUUGGGCGUGUCGGACGGAGUGGCGGUGGAUGACGACGAAUUGUGGGAAGCCAUGUUCUCUAUGGGCAUCCGACUCAUCAAACCGGCAGCUACGCGACCCCGAGAGAAGUUGGAUAGUGUCAAUACACUUCAAGAUGUGGCGUCGCUACUGCGUUCGAGCAAAAAGAUUGUGGUACUGGCGGGUGCAGGGAUUUCAGUGUCGUGCGGCAUUCCGGACUUUCGCUCUGAAAAUGGCAUCUACAGCCGCCUUGGCGAGUACAACCUCCCCAACCCGCAGUGCAUGUUCGACAUCGAGUUCUUCCGGUCCAACCCAAAGCCGUUUUUCGCCUUUGCAAAAGAAUUGUUCCCUAAAUCCAGUGGGUUCACUUUUGUGCCGUCUCCAAGUCACUACUUCUUAAAGCUGCUAGAGGAGAAAGGAAAGCUCCUUCGAAUUUACAGCCAGAAUAUUGACAUGCUGGAGCACGCAGCGGGUAUCUCUCACGAGCACGCUGUGCUUUGCCACGGGUCCUUCGCGACUGCGACAUGCGUAGCAUGCAAACGGACGUACCCGAACGACGCUAUCCGCGAAGACGUGUUGAACCAGCGAGUGCCCAUGUGCCAGUCGUGUAACUCUCCGGAUGGAAUCAUCAAGCCCGAUAUCGUCUUCUUCGGGGAAUCACUGCCGCGACGAUUUCACGACUCGGUCAAGAGUGACGAAGGUGAAGCAGACCUGGUGCUCGUCAUGGGGUCGUCUCUCAAGGUAAACCCUGUGCGCAGCAUUGUAGGUCGCUUCAAGAAUGACACGCCCAUGAUCCUAAUCAACAGAGAACCAGUGGGUCGGCCGCACAAGUUUGACGUGGAGCUGCUAGGAUAUUCAGACGAGAUAGUGCAGGAGCUGUGUCGACUGCUCGGGUGGGAGAUCCCGCAGCCUGAUCCUGUUCUUCUGGGCCAAUCCAACCUCCCGCCACCUUCUGUUGUACCUACGAGCACCCUCGCGCCUCUGUCGUUCGAGUUUGUGCCGCCGUCAAGGCAUUUAUUCAACGGUUCCAAGUCGACAUAUUGCAGUUCCAGCGACGACGAAAGCAGCAGUUCUUCCAGCGAAGAAGGAGCGGCGGAGGAGGAAGGAGCUAUAGAUGCUGAUGCCGUAGCAGUAGCGAUGGAUGCAGACGACGACAAGAAAGCGCCUUCGAUCGACGAGUAUUCAAAGGACGACCAAGACGAACUGAUGGGAAGUGGCAACGAGUUGCUAGGGGCCUCAAGCUUCGACGACAAUUGA